AUGACAGUGAAACUGGGAGAGAGCAGCGGGGAGGAAGGGGUGAAAAAGCUGGGCAAGAGAGCAGGAGGAGAUGAGGAGUCCCUGGAAGAAGAAGGGGCAGGAGGAGGAGGAGAGGCAGCUCCAGGCAGCAGCAGCACAAAGAAAGAAGAGAAGAUUAUUAACAACAACACUAACAGCAGCCCCCCACCGAACCCCAGCUUAUCGCAGGCCCCGGCCUCCCUCCAGCCCUCCCACAGCCAGGACCAGCAUCAUUUUCUCAGGUCCAGCGUCAGACCUCAGAGCAAGAGGCUGAAGAAGGAUUCCCAGGCAUCCUCUUCAGUUGGCAGCAGUACUGCUGCAAAAGGCAAAGCAGCAGAUAAUGGAGGGACUGCAUCUGGUGGCACAUCAGGAAUUCCUCCCAGCAAUCCUGCUGGGAAUUCCAAGUCAGCGGCAAGGAACUUGGGCUCCUCAGCUGGAGAGAAGGAGGAAGGAAAGAAGGUCAGACGGCAGUGGGAAUCAUGGAGCACAGAGGACAAAAAUACUUUCUUCGAGGGACUGUAUGAGCAUGGGAAGGACUUUGAAGCUAUCCAGAACAACAUUGCCCUGAAAUACAAGAAGAAAGGCAAACCAGCAAGCAUGGUGAAGAAUAAGGAACAGGUCCGCCAUUUCUACUACCGCACCUGGCACAAGAUCUCAAAGUACAUUGACUUUGAUAAUGUGUUUUCUCAAGGGCUGAAAAAAUCUUCCCUGGAGCUUUAUGGCUUAAUCUGCUAUGGAGAACUAAGGAAGAAGAUUGGGGGAUGUAUGGAUGACAAGAAUGCAGCUAAACUCAAUGAGCUCAUUCAAGCCGGGGCUACGACUGUUCGUUACAAAGGCAGAAACCUUCGUAUCAAAGCUCCGAUGUGCAGGGCUUUGAAGAAACUCUGUGAUCCAGAUGGCGUUAGUGAUGAAGAGGACCAGAAGCCAGUACGUCUUCCUCUCAAGGUCCCUGUGGAACUGCAGCCACGAAAUAAUCAUGCAUGGGCUCGAGUACAGAGUCUUGCCCAGAAUCCACGGCUGAGGAUGAUUGUGGAAUUACAUCGGAAGGUCUCCAGCCUCAUAGAGUUCCUGAAGCAGAAGUGGGCUCUCCAUGAAGUGCGUGUGCGUAAAACACUAGAAGAACGGCAGCUUCAAGACUCCAGAGACUCGGAAACAAGAGGCACCUUCUCAGAGGAGAAAGUGAUGCUCCAUCUCUUUCCAGGAGAGAAUUGUACACUCACUCCACUGCCUGGGGUAGCCAGAGUGGUCCACUCCAAGGCUUUCUGCACAGUUCAUUGGCAGGAAACUGGCAAAUGCAAACAGAACACGAAAGACUCUCACUUACUACCCCCUGCACAAAUCUUAGGCAUACAGAGUGGUCAGGGGACAGCUAGGGGACAGCUAAAAUACACGCGGGGAACAGAAGGUAAGGGUGUUGGAAGGGCAGAGAGCACUACAGAGUCAAGCAGAACCUCUCAGCCCACAGCUGAAGUUUCUGCAAGCACUGAAGAUGGGGCUCCAGAGACUGGCCUGGUGGAAGGAACAGCCUCAAAUCUCGGCAUCACUAAUUGUCUCCAAAAACCGCCUUCUGGACUUCAAGAUCCAGGAGGGAACCACGAAAAGCUGAGCUCAGUGGCCUUCUGUGUGGAGGGCAGGGAGGCCCUGGCUAGUGACCAAGCAACUGUGCUACCAUUGUGCAGCACAGCUUGUGCUUGCAGUAAGAUCCCUGAUGUGGAGGAGCUCUCUCUGCUUGAUCCAUUCCCACGGUACAUGAAGUCCUGUCAGGACCUGAUCGUCCCAGAGAAAUGUUCUUGCACAGACAAACUGCAUGGGAAGGACUCUACUCUAGCAGCUGGUGAUACUUCUCCUGUGGCUUUUCCAAGCGGGAGCAGCACAGAGACAUCUGACUCCUAUUCACAGCUACCAAGAGGUGGUGUGGCUUCACCCGGCAGUGGCCCAUCCAGAUACGAAACUCAGGCUAGCUACAGCCAGGGCCAGCAGCUUGAUGCUUGUACCAAGGAUAUAACAGAUGCAGUAAUGGAGGAUUCUCAAGAGAAGCUGGGCUCCUCAUUUCCACCUCCACCUCAGGGACAAUCUAGUACAAAGUCUCUCAAGGAUGACCCAAGCCGGCUCUCUCAACAGGUUAGAGAAGAAGGAUGGAGUCUGCGAACUUCUGAGAGCCUUACGCUGGCUGAAGUCUACCUCAUGAUGGGCAAACCGAACAAGUUGCAGCUGGAAUAUGACUGGUUGGCUGUCUUGGAGCCAGAAACCCAGGAUGCUAGGGAGCAAACUUCUGAGUCAAGUGCUCUUCCUGCAUGUACCACCUUUCACAAGCAGAGACUCCUAAACUGCCUUUUAAAACUCAUCUCUACUGAAGUCAAUCCCAAACCA